ACAACACGUAAAAUUUGUAAUCGUGAAACUAUGUAAGGUCGUAACAUACGUCCAUUGAAAACUUUCCGUUUCAUUCAGACAGCAAAGGGGCGAGUGGUUAACCAUCCAUCUAUGAUCUAUACACUGCGUGGAUGGAUGUGAACAAUUUAUUGCGCCCUUAGCUGGUUCACUCUAGACCUGAUCGUUGACGCAUUCAGUGUUUUAUUUUGGAGUUGCGCAUUAUCAGAAAAAUCAGCAUGGCCCGUCCAAUUCCCAGUGAAGAGCAGGCCAAUAAGUUUUUCGACGAGGUUAAUACAGAUGGUAAUGAUGAAGUCAGUAUCCAGGAGCUGAUAAACAAACUCGAACAGUGCGGCUACAGCCAGGAUAAGUGCAUUAGCAUCUUCACCGACAUUGAUAAAAACUGCGACAAAAAAAUAAGCAGACACGAAUUUGUCGAUGAAGUCUGCAAGAAAGCGAGAGAGGAUGCAGUGGCCGAUAUUUUUGCGGCUGCGGACAGGGACGGUUCUGGCCAAAUUAGCCGGGAUGAGAUGAUCAACUACCUUAAGGAAACUGGAGCUCUUGAUAAGGAUAUUCAGAGGAUAGACGAACAGUUCCAGAAAGCGGAUGCGGAUGGCUCUGGUUUCAUGGAUAGGGGAGAGUUUGAAAAUGUUAUGAAGAAAGGCUGUUGAGCGACCGUUCCCUCGUUCGUCUGGAAUACCAGGAAAUCAUGUGUACCAUAUACCACUAGAUAGAGGGCUGGCUACGGAAAAACACUUUGGUUUCUGAAUACAGCUUGUGUAAAUGUGCGCAAGUUCAGUCUUAACUUAUAUGUGUUGGCUUGUAUAUUAAACAUAUGUUCUUUGAGCCCGUGUUUAGUCUUACAAUAUGUGAUCUGGUUUAAAAAAAAGUUCGUGUAGAAAUAUAUUAAACAUCUCUUUGUUGAGCCCUGAAUGCUUAUUAUAUAUCUGCGGUGUAUUUUAUACAUAGUGGAUUUUAUCAUCUUACUUAUAACAAUCCGUAUUAGAUACAAAAAAGAUCAAAUUCGUCGUAGUUGGACAAAGUACCAUCCGUCUGACAUCGCAACAAUACUUACUCACAAUUGUUGGAACAAACAUAGUUUAUAGUUGUAUACCAUUGACUUGUUCAUACUAUAUGGCAAUAUAAAAUUUGUUGUAAUUACAGCAACUGUUAGUUAUCUACAUUAUGCCAAUAAAUAACUGUUUGGAAGACGUAUU